AACAAUACUUGCAUACAUGUAAAACGUGUUUAUAUAUAAACAAUACAAUUAGUAUAACAUAUAAUAAGAGACUAAGAAUCCCGAAGUCCCAUUUCCUUGUUGCAACACUUAAAAUAAUAUAUAUAGCUAGACAAAUAUAAAUAUUGUAUAUAUUUAUAGUCUUAUUUAUUCCACCAUAAAUCAAACGCAGGGGAAGUCUCGAGAUUCAAAAUUAUUAGAAGCCAAAAGUGGUAGCUAGCUAGUUCCUGAGGGGAAUGGCCAUUAAAGUUCAUCCUCUGAUCGCUUCAUCAUCAAAUUUAAUAAUAGAUAAUCCUCUUACUAUUUCUUCUUCUUCUUCUUCAAAGAGAGAAACACUGACAGUGUGGAUGAAAUCUCUUGUGAUGCAAGGAAAUGGGUGCACUGCAUACAAUCAAAAUGGUCAAGUUGUUUAUAGAAUUGAUAACUAUGACCACAAGAACAGCAAUGAAGUCUUUCUCAUGGAUCUCAACGGAAAAGUUCUCUUUACAAUUCUAAGAAAAAAAAUGUGGGUGUUUCGAAAGUGGGAAGGCUAUAAAAGUGGUAACAAAAUUACUACAGAGAAGCCAUUAUUUCAAGUCAGAAAAAAUUGCAGGGUACUUAAUUUUGGAGGAGGCUUUUCAUGCAAGGUUACUUUCAAAUAUAAUGAUGAUGAUGAUGAUGAUGAUGAUGAUGAUGAUAACAACAACAAUAAUAACAAUCAAGUAAUUGAUUAUAGAUUAGAAGGCUCAGCUGGUAAAUCAGCUCUGAGGAUAUUAGAUGGCCAAGGAGGACUAGUGGCAGAGGCAAAGAGAAAGCAAUCAUCUACAGGGGUAAUAUUGGGAGAUGAUGUUUUGAAUUUGGUGAUUGAGGCAAGUGUGGAUCACUCUCUUGUUAUGGCUCUUGUGACUGUAUAUGGUUUAAUGAAGAGAAAGAUGUAAAUAUCGACUACUGCAAUACAAUUUUUCAUUAGUUUUUUUUUUUUUUUUCUCUUUUUAGGGGGUGAGAGUUUGACCAAUUUUGUCCCCAGAUUAUUUAUUGAUGUGUAUGUUCAAAAUCUAAAGGGUAAAGGCAAUUUGUGUAUAAUGCCACAAUGCUUGACUGUUGAAGUUUUUAAUAGAUUAGACUGUUUUCAGUA